CAGUUUCGGGAAAGUUUCACGAAAUCAUCAGCUGUCAUUUGUGUUUGGAUUUUGAUGGACUCAAUCGGUGCGAUUUUUCUUGUGAUUCCUUCGAGGAUUUCUUGCAUUUAACACGAUGGCAGGCACGGAAGAUUGGUCAGUGUGUCGAUUGUGUCUCCAGUCACGCGAUGAGCCCUUGAAAUACAUGUGCGGCACGCUGUACAAUUCACUGACCUACAGAAACAUCUACUUCGCCGUCACCGGCGUCGUCUUGAAAAAUUACAAGUCCUUCCCAACGCAGAUCUGCAGGAUUUGCGAGGAGAACAUGAUCAAUGCUUACAACUUUCGCCAGCAAUGCCUGGAAACGGAAGGGAAACUGAGUGAUUUGGAGUCGAUUGAUGAGAAGGAGGUGCAAAAGGAGCCUGAAAAAAUCAUUGAAGAGACUGUCCGGGACGACCAGGAGAAUAAUCCUGAUGUGCCAGACGCUUCUGACGAGCCUGACCAGGAAGUGGUCAUGUCACUGGUGAGCGAGGAGGAAACUGUGGGGGAAGAGGACACGCGCAAAAUCCUCUGCAAGCGGUGCAAGCUCGUCUUCAAGGGAUUCGAGAUCUUCCGGAAGCACCGAUGCCGCGGAAAGAGAAAAGCCCCGCGGAAAGUUCAGCCGAAGGAGCCGAAAGUGAAAAAAGUCACUCUGGGCUCGAAUGUGCUGUAUCAGGUGGCGAAUCCGUGCAAGAUCUGCGGGAAGAUGAUCAAGGGCAGCCACUAUGUGCAGCACAUGGACUAUCACAACGGCAUCAAGCGCUACGAGUGCGAGCACUGCGGCGAGAAGUUCUUCUGGUGGACGGCCAGGAGGACGCACAUCUACAAGGAGCAUCUGAAGAAGAAGGUCUGCCAGUGUCCGUUCUGCCCCAAGGAGUUCUACAUCACGGGCUCGAUGAAGAACCACAUCAGGACCGCUCAUCCGGACAAGUCCAGCCCGCUAUCCCGGCUGCACCUGUGCGAGGUGUGCGGGAAGGGCUUCAAAGUCACCUCGCAGCUGCGGAAGCACUCCCUGAUGCACGUGGAGGGCGGCAUUUGCAGCUACUGCGGCAAGUCGUACAGCACCAAGCUGCGCCUGAUCAAGCACCUGAAGAUCCACGAGAAGCGCGAGAAAGCGGACUGUCCAAUUUGCCAGAAGACCAUGCGCAGCGUCACGAUUCUGAGGAGUCACUUCAAGAAGCAGCACCCCAACAUGAUGCAUCUCUUCCCGGCGCAUCCCAACAGCCAGCAAUAAAAGACUGCUUUAUCAUGAAAUUCAUUCUUUCCACGGUUUUGGUUGAAUUGGAGUCCGAAAAUGCUGGAGUUUAGAAAAACAGCACAUUAUCUUAAAUUAAACGAAAAUGAUAGAAUUAAGAGAUUAUGUUUCUGUUGCUUUAUUGUGUAUUUCAGUGAAACAUGUUUCGGAUUUCAUGUGAUUCAUUUCUUGGCUUCCUUGGUUUAAUGCUGAGUGUUCUUCAUGAUUUCUUUACAUAUCGGCACUAAGCUCAGCAGCAGUCUGCGGUACCCCAGAGGAACAUGAAAAGGUACUGUUGCUGAUCCGAAAUUACCGAACACCUCAUACUUCGUGGCUCGGUUCAAGUAGUUCGAGUGACUGUCGCAAAUCAUCUCGUAGUAAUGUGCUUCCAUGUCCGGAAAAUCCGAUUCUUGGAGAGUGGACAAGGCGGCGUACGAAAAUGGUUGUUCUAAAUCUAUUCAUGUGGGAGAUAAAAUUCUGUGUGUUUCAAAUGACAAAACUUCACUGAUCGCUGAGCAAUUCGAUCCGGAAAACAAUACGUCGUCCCAAUCUGCUUUGUUGGAAUCAGAGCGAUAUCCAAAUACUUUGGUAGUGCAUAUUGACACAGAUAACUGAUGAGCUCUAUUGACACAUAAACCCUAUCAUAAUGAUAAUAAAUUGAAGUUAUCAAAAGUUAUUAAUCUGUAGAAAUAUUUGCGUAAUCUAGACUAAACACAAUUAUUUCAACAAAUGAAAUCUGCGAUAUUUGGAGGCUUUUCUGACGUCUGAGCGCUCAAAACCAGCGGCGUGACGAA